GUGUCGUGAAAACCACCGUUAAACCUAAGCCAAAAUGGGAAAGGAGAAGACCCACAUCAACAUCGUUGUCAUUGGGCACGUAGAUUCAGGGAAGUCUACCACGACUGGCCAUCUGAUCUACAAAUGUGGCGGGAUCGACAAGAGAACAAUUGAAAAGUUCGAGAAGGAGGCUGCCGAGAUGGGAAAGGGCUCCUUCAAAUAUGCCUGGGUCUUGGACAAACUGAAAGCUGAACGUGAGCGUGGUAUUACCAUUGAUAUCUCCCUGUGGAAAUUUGAGACCAGCAAGUACUAUGUUACCAUCAUUGAUGCCCCAGGACACAGAGACUUCAUCAAAAACAUGAUUACAGGCACAUCCCAGGCUGACUGUGCUGUCCUGAUUGUUGCUGCUGGUGUUGGCGAAUUUGAAGCCGGUAUCUCCAAGAACGGGCAGACCCGUGAGCAUGCCCUUCUGGCUUACACCCUGGGUGUGAAACAACUAAUUGUUGGCGUUAACAAAAUGGAUUCUACUGAGCCACCCUAUAGCCAGAAGAGAUACGAGGAAAUUGUUAAGGAAGUCAGCACCUACAUUAAGAAAAUUGGCUACAACCCCGACACAGUAGCAUUUGUGCCAAUUUCUGGCUGGAAUGGUGACAACAUGCUCGAGCCAAGUGCUAAUAUGCCAUGGUUCAAGGGAUGGAAAGUCACCCGUAAGGACGGCAAUGCCAGUGGAACCACCCUGCUUGAAGCUCUGGAUUGCAUCCUGCCACCAACUCGCCCAACUGACAAACCCUUGCGUUUGCCUCUCCAGGAUGUCUAUAAAAUUGGUGGUAUUGGUACUGUCCCUGUGGGUCGUGUGGAGACUGGUGUUCUCAAACCUGGCAUGGUGGUCACCUUUGCUCCAGUCAAUGUAACAACUGAGGUGAAGUCUGUAGAAAUGCACCAUGAAGCACUGAGUGAAGCCCUUCCUGGGGACAAUGUGGGCUUCAAUGUCAAGAACGUGUCUGUCAAAGAUGUCCGUCGUGGCAAUGUGGCUGGUGACAGCAAAAAUGAUCCACCCAUGGAAGCUGCUGGCUUCACAGCUCAGGUGAUUAUUUUGAACCAUCCAGGCCAGAUCAGUGCUGGGUAUGCACCUGUGCUGGACUGUCACACAGCUCACAUUGCUUGCAAGUUUGCUGAGCUGAAGGAGAAGAUUGAUCGUCGUUCUGGGAAAAAGCUGGAAGAUGGCCCUAAAUUCUUGAAAUCUGGUGACGCUGCCAUCGUUGAUAUGGUUCCUGGCAAGCCUAUGUGUGUCGAGAGCUUUUCUGAUUAUCCUCCCCUGGGCCGUUUUGCUGUGCGUGACAUGAGACAGACAGUUGCUGUGGGUGUCAUCAAAGCAGUGGACAAGAAGGCAGCUGGAGCUGGCAAGGUCACCAAGUCUGCCCAGAAAGCUCAGAAGGCUAAAUGAAUAUUAUCCCCAAUACCUGCCACCCCAGUCUUAAUCAGUGGUGGAAGAACGGUCUCAGAACUGUUUGUCUCAAUUGGCCAUUUAAGUUUAAUAGUAAAAGACUGGUUAAUGAUAACAAUGCAUCGUAAAACCUUCAGAAGGAAAGGAGAAUGUUUUUGUGGACCAUAUGUUUUGUGUGUGGCAGUUUAAGUUAUUAGUUUUUAAAAUCAGUACUUUUUAAUGAAAACAACUUGACCAAAAAUCUGUCACAGAAUUUGAGACCCAUUAAAAAAAAGUUUAAUGAGAAACCUGUGUCUUCUUUUGGUCAACACUGUAAUUCCCUAUAGUACUACUUUGGUAAGAGUUGCUUAUAAGCUAUUUCUAGUGAAACAAUUUUCAAAUUAUGGGUUUGUAUUUCUAGGGUGGAGCUUCAGGUUUGUUAACCUUAAGUUGAGAGCUCAUCUGUUUUAAUAACAUCUUAAGCAUUGGUGCAACACUUUCUAGAUUACGACAGAUGAGCGAAGAGUAACUUUUAUAUGUAAGCUAGUUUGUAAGGUCAGAUUCUAUAGUAUAGAAGCUCCUGUUGCAUAUAAAAUUUUGUAUGGUUACAUAAAUGAAUAAAUAUGUCAUUUAGUUUCCAGUUAUGAGGAUGUGCAUUCACGUUUAUAAUAAGUAGUUAAUCUAAAAUGUGAGGCUUAAACAGUAUUGAGUACUGCCCUGCUAGAGUUAAUUGUAUACAGGUUCUAGGAAAAAUAAAAGACUAGGAAAAAUAAAAGAUGCUGGAGGCUAAUUGUGUUUCCUGUCACUUAAAUAGAAAUGAACUUUAUAGGAAUUUUCAUCUAAUGGGCAAGGUUGGGUGAUGAGAACAUUGCUACAUUGGCGAGGAGGGUAUGGCCCAUUUGGGUCUUGAGUGUAGGUUCAUCUAGUUAAUGUUUUCAAAGUUAACUGCCAUUUAAAAAACUAGAAAGGAAGUUGGAAAGUUGUCAUUUGCAGGUUGCUAUAAUGUGACAGUUGAAUGAAAAUAACCCUUAACACCAGAGGAAUUUUGUAACCUGUCAAUUGCAGGGCUUGGUCACAAAUGGGAAAAGCUAGGUAGUCAGCUGAUAAUUGGUCUCUGGGUAUAAGCAAUGUAAUUCUAAGUUAACCUUGGUUUUGAUAGUAAAAGUCUUAACACAUUUGCGGAAACUGAGUAAUUCUGUAUCUGAUAACUUGGCUUUUAUAAUAUGAAAGGAAAAUUAAUCCAGCUGGAACUGGUGAAAUCACACCAGAUAGCAUCCUAGAAGCCUUUUUUGCAAAUAGAAAGCAUCCUGUGAAAUGUAGACAGGUGGAUUGUUAAUUGCAAUUUUUCCUGGAUAAAAAUAAUUUAUAUGGCCAUUGGUAGGGGCUCUAAAAUGACAAAAGAUUUGGUCCCUAGCUUGUUCCUUAAUGUUUUGACAGGUAUGGUGUUAACUGAUUAAAGGAGAUAUGAAUAAAGAUUGCUAGCUAGUAAAUAGUGAAGAUUUGUCUUCACAAGGAAGGUUUCAUUGCAGAAAAUAGCUUUCAUUAAGUGUAAGUUUAAGGAGAGCAAGACAGUUGGCAUACUUGGAGCCAUAGAUUUGUCUGUACAGAAUUGCUGUGAGCGCCACCUACUGGUGGUCACUACAGACUAGUUUUAAAACAUGAAUUUCUAGAUUCAGGAUAAAUGUUUUGGUCAGUUUUUUAUACAGUUGCCUUUUUCAAUAUGAACUGACUGAAAAGAUUUAUAAAGCAAACUGGUGCUUGACCUUAAACCCCAUUUUUAAAAUUGCCUAGCUGUUGAAAUGGGAUCAUGUUGAAACUUGGCCCCAGGAAUUCUUGCGUGGUUUCAGAAUGAGAGGCAGUAUGAUUUCUGAAAAAAUGAUUCUUAAUCCUAUUUCCAGAAUAGGCAGUCUAGUUGAGUUUUGGUCAGAUUAUGCUUUGGGGGUUUUUUCAAGAGCAUGAGCAAUUCAUCUGUUUGGGUUCUGGUCUGCCCAAAAGCAGAUUGCAUAUACUGAAGAGCUUGAUUACUAGUAAUUUGCAGAAUGGGGUAUAUACCAGGACAGGACUAUAGAUUUUUUUUUAUUAAAGUAUUUACCUUCGUUACCUUUUUUUAGGUUGAGCACUGAGCUCAUGCCAAAAACAGGCUGUUUCUGGCUCUAUAUACAAUUCUUGAAAUAGGCCAUUCUAGGAAAGGGAUGAAAAGUUGUGUGUCAAGAUGUCCUUUUAUGUUUUCAGUGGAUAGGUGUUAGAUGUCCUUUUGAAAUGCUGCAGCACUAUAUAGUCAUCUGGGAAUUAUUAAAGGUAUAUUAGUUAUUCCCUUGUAUCUUGAAUGAGCAGCAUGAGUUCUCAAUCUUGUGAUAAGAGCAAGCUCUUCCAUAUGAGAAGGUGGAAUGAAAUGUGUUUUCCUUUAUUUGCAAUGUUCCUGAAAUUUUUCCUGAUCUGGUUUUGCUUUUCAUGACUUCUCUCCUUUUUUCUUCCACCUUUCUUCUCACCACCUUUUUUCUUCUCUCACCCAGGUGGCAUCAGAGUCCUCUGUUUGCAGGCCUCUGGGAACUUCCUAGACAAGUUAAAAUCACAAUUGAAGUUGCAUUGCUUGCUCAGGUGAUAGUGAUUUAGAAAAAACAUUGGAAACUGCCACAUGGCUUCUGAAAGGUCAUUGACCUCUGAUCCGAUGGAAAACUUGGAAAGGAUCAUAUGGGUGUCUUUUCUAAAUAGGUUAUGCUACAUAGUCCUGCUGUUAAUAGAAAUGAGUGAGGUUAGUGAAUUUGUCAUAUACCUGGGACAACCUUCAGCAGGCCCAUGGAUCUCCAAGCCUUGAGUGCUCAGAGAGAACAAAGAUCACGUUAAUAUUUCAAGUAAGCAAUAAUAGAAAACUUAGCGGAAUAUUUUAAAGUUCUUACCACUUUCUUCAUUGAGGUCCUUAAGCUAAAAUUUACCCUGUAAAAGCGUUUUGCAAGUUUGGUAAAGUUUACCAAAAAACAGUUUAUUUACCACAGUCAUGGUAUAGAAUAUUCCCAUCACCUUUCCCCCUCCCUCAAAUUCCCCAUGCCCCUGUGUGGUCAAUCACUCUUCUCUACCUCUUAUUCUUGGUAACUACUGACCUAUAUUCUUUUCCCGUUUUGUUUGCAGCAGUGUCAGAAACCUGAAUUGAUACCAUAUGUAGCCUUUGAAUCUGGUUUCUUUGUAGCAUGAUGCCUUUGAGAUCUGUUUUGCAUGUAUCAGUAAUCUGUUCCUUUUUAAUAACUAUAAGCUUGUUUACAGCUGAGGGACAUUGGUUGUUUUGGAUAAUUACAAAUAAACCACUAAACAUUCACGUAUA